AUGUACCAAAAAGGAAUAAAACCGAUCGACGAGGUUUACCGAGAGAUUUCGGUUUUGUUCAGAGAUGCCCCCGACUUGUUGGAAGAUUUCAAGCUCUUCAUGCCGGAUACAACGGCUCCUGUUCUGGAUCAACAGGGGAGGAUGCAAGGACCGCAGCUGGGUGAAUACAACAACUACGGUCAGGUGUAUUAUGAUGGGAAGCAGGCGGGGCAUCUAGGUCAGCCUCAUUCACAAGCCCAACCGCAACAGUCGAAUGUUCAACUCCCUCCUGUUGGAAGUUUCCAGCCUCCAACUUUCCGCCAGCCUGUGCCUCAAAUGCCUUCUAAAGAUAAAAAGAAGAGGUGGGGUUCACAGCAGCUAUCUCAAUCUAUUCCCUCGCAAAAGUCUUAUCAGAUGACGCAACCAUAUGAUGAGCCUCCAGUCUCCAACAUACGUGCUUCUUUGCAACCCAGACGGAAAGACGAAAACCCUUCUUUGCUACCAGGUGUUCCGGAGCCAGUUUAUCCAAAUGCCGUUGAGUCUGAUCUCACGGAUGAGGUUACCUUCUUCGAUAAGGUGAAGAAGGCUAUCAACAAUAAGCAAACCUACAACGAGUUUCUCAAGUUUCUCAGGCUUUACACCAGCGAAGUUAUUGAUAAGGACACGCUGGUUGAGAAGGCGGAAGGAUUCAUUGGUGGCUUCCCUGAUCUCUUUGACUGGUUCAAGUCCUUUGUUGGGUGGGAAGAGAAACCCCUUCAUAUUGAGAAUAUUGCAAUCAAGAAACAGCAACUGGAUCUCAUGAUGUGCAAAGCGUGUGGCCCGUCCUAUAGAUUGCUUCCAAAGUCACAAACAUACAUGCCUUGUUCUGGCAGAGAUGAAAUGUGCUGGGAAGUUCUGAAUGACGAAUGGGCAGGACACCCAGUCUGGGCUUCGGAAGAGUCUGGAUUUAUUGCUCAUCGUAAGAAUCAGUAUGAGGACAUUCUGUUCCGAAUUGAAGAAGAAAGACACGAAUAUGAUUUCUACAUGGAAGCCAACCUUAGAACCAUUCAAACGCUUGAAACGAUUGCCAACCGACUUGCAAAUAUGACACCAGAUGAAAAGGCCAAGUUCAAGCUCCCACCAGGGCUUGGCCACACAUCUGUCACGAUAUACAAGAAAGUGAUCAGAAAAGUGUAUGACAAGGAUAAGGGUUUUGAAGUCAUCGAGGCUCUUCAUGAAAAUCCUGCUGUUGCUGUUCCGGUUGUUCUGAAAAGACUAAAGCAGAAGGACGAGGAGUGGAAGAGAGCUCAUCGUGAAUGGAACAAAGUUUGGAGGGAAUUGGAACAAAAAGCUUUCUACAAGUCUCUUGACCACCUUGGUUUGACAUUUAAGCAGAUAGACAAGAAGCUUUUGACCAACAAGCAGCUAGUUAGUGAGAUCUCUACAAUCAAGCAAGAGCAAAUGCAAAAGAAGCUGCACCCAUUGAUGCCUAUCCCAGCUCCGCAAUUGAGUUAUCAUUACGAUGACUUUGAGGUUUUCAUGGAUAUUCUCAAGCUAGUUGACUGCUACUUAUCUCACAGCCAGACGUAUUCCCAGUAUGAUAAGGAAAAAAUUGAAGGAUUCCUCAGAUCUUUCAUUGCCAAAUUUUUCUUCCUAGACUCCAAAUUCAUCGAUAAUGCUAUGGCAAGAAGAUCUGUCGGCCAAGUGAAGGAAGUGCAAAAAGAAGAUCCCGACAAUAAGGAAACUGUGCCAGCUGUUCCUACUCUGUCCCAGUCAAAGAAGAGAUCGAGGGAAAACGAUCUUUUGAGGGACGUCUUAAAGAAAGUUAAAAAACCAAAGAAGAACGAAGGCGAUGAGGAAUCUGACUCCGCGGGUUCUGCUCAGACCGCUUCGCAGGGCGAAGAGAAUGAUGAAGUCGAAAGAGCGCAAACAAAUUGGAUUACGAAUGACAGACCGAAUAUCUCCUAUGGUGACGAUCGGACCGAGUUCAACAUGUUCUGCAACACCCAGCUCUAUGUGUUCUACCGCUUUUUGAACACUCUUUAUGAGCGUUUACUUGAAAUCAAACAGAUGGCUCCAAGCGUCAACAAAGAGAUCAAAUCGAGAAAGGUGACACCUUUUGCCAAGGAUUUGGGUCUGAUCAAUGAUCAAUUAGAGGAGAUGGGUAUCAACAUUAAGGGCGAUGACUCGUACAAUGAAGCUCUGGAACUUUGCGCAAAAGUCAUUGAGGGCUCUUUGGACCAAAACAAUUUUGAAGAGACCCUCCGUCAAGGAUUCCGCAACAAAGCAUUUAAGCUGUUCACCGUGGACAAGGUUAUUUCUGGUCUUUUGAAGCACUGCCACAACAUUGUUAGUGACUCAAAGUGUACCGAAAUCGUUCUGCUGAUGGAGAAGGACCGGAACAACUCCAAGACGACCGCAAGAGACCAAAUCAUCUACAGAAUGCAGGUCCGCAACCUGAUGGCUUCGGAUGAGAACAUGUUCAAGAUUGUUUUCAACAAGGCUGCCAACGACACGACGAUCACAUUCUUGGCAUUGGACGAUACCACGAUCCGUGAUGACUCGAAGACACCAGAAGAGAAGUGGAACUACUAUCUCACCAGUUACGCCAUGUCCCAUCCUACAGAAGGUAUUGAUCCAAACGCAAUUUUGCUUCCUUUCUUGAAGUCCAACGUCGAAGAGGAAGAGGAGGAGGAAGGAGAGAUUGAUGGUAUCGCAGACUCCAAGCUGAAGGUCAAAAUUGAUAAGGAGACGUACAGAUUAGUGUUUGAGCCGGGCUCUUAUGAUGUGUUUGUGCGGGACACUGCAUUCAGCAAGGACGAAAAACGUUUAAGCAAAGAAAUUAGGAUGAGGAGUUUACAGGAAGCCUUAGAUGGCGAAUUCGGGCUUGGAAAGGAGUUGGAUGAAGGCGAGAUUGAAGAAGCUAAUAAACAGUUCAAAGCUUGGAUCGAGCAAGGUCCGCAGGCUUAUCAACAAGCGGGUAGCAAACUGAUCGAUUCUGCGGGAGAUACAGUGAGCACUGGGCGGGACACUGUUGUUUCCGCGGGCGCCCCUUCCCAAACCGACCACACUAGUGCCGACACCAACAAUGAGGGUGAGUAA